AGGUGACGACCCACUGAAUGGGAGCUAGUGCUGGACAGAGUCAGACCUUGGGAUACAACAGGAGAAGAGCAGAGCAGCAGUGCACCGAUGGCCAACCCCACCCCUCCACGGGGUUUGCUGUGAGGUUAGAGAAAAAGUGAGGAGGAGAAAGUGAACUGUACUAAAUGCCAUGAUGGAGGACGACCAGCCCAAGUUGAAGCCGCCUACACCUUCACCUUCUCCCUUGCUGGACCUAGAACACAGUCCCGGAGCCUCGCCAGUAACAAACCAUGCAGAGUUCCUGGGUGUGAACCAGAUUCAGGUGGUGGUGAGACGGAGCUCCACCCCCCAGGUCACGGAGGAGACCUACUUUAUCCCCCGUAACCCGGUGGUGGAUGCGGGCACCAACACCGACCCCCCGGUCAUCUGCUGUGGCAGGCUCCGCCGGGCAUGCCCCUGCCCGCCCCGAGGCCUCCUGGCCUCCCUCAUCACCAAGGUCGUCAUUGCAUUAGUGCUGUUUGGCGUGGUCUGGUCCAUCACAGAGGAGGAGUGUCUGCCGAGGGGGAACCUGUUUGGCAUCACCGUGCUCUUCAUCUGCUCCGUCACCGGGGGCAAACUGGUGGGCCUCAUACGGCUGCCCAAACUGCCUCCCUUUCCCCCGCUCCUGGGUAUGCUAUUGACGGGCUUCCUGCUGCGUAAUAUCCCCGUGGUAACGGACGCCGUGUACAUCGACUUCCGAUGGUCCGCCGCCCUGAGGAACAUUGCCCUCGCUGUCAUCCUGGCCCGAGCAGGCCUGGGAUUGGAUGGCUCAGCUCUGAAGAAGCUUAGUAUGGUGUGUAUACGUGUGGGAAUGGGACCCUGCAUCAUCGAGGCAUGCACCAUCGCCAUCGUCUCCCACUUCCUCAUGGGCCUGCCCUGGAUAUGGGGAUUCAUCCUAGGGUUUGUGCUGGGAGCCGUGUCCCCGGCUGUGGUGGUUCCCUCCAUGCUGCUGCUGCAGAAGGAUGGCUACGGCUUGGAGCAGGGUAUCCCUACCCUCCUCAUGGCCGCCGGCAGCUUCGAUGACAUCCUGGCCAUCACCGGCUUCACCACCUGCAUGGGCAUGGCCUUCGCCACCGGCUCCAUGUGGUACAACUUGCUGAGGGGUAUACUGGAGGUGGGAGGGGGAAUGGUAGCUGGGGUACUGCUGGGAUUCCUGCUGCGCUACUUUCCCAGCAAAGACCAGGACAACGUUGUGAUGAAGCGCUCAUUCCUGCUGCUGGGCCUGUCGGUGUUUGCCGUGUUCGGCAGCAACGUGGCCGGUUUCCCCGGCUCGGGGGGCCUCUGCACCCUGGUCCUCGCCUUCCUGGCCGGCCUGGGCUGGAGAAGGUCAAAGGUCCCUGUGGAGGACAUAGUGGGUAUUGCCUGGGAGGUGUUCCAGCCACUGCUGUUCGGCCUGAUCGGGGCCGAGAUCCAAAUCUCAGAGCUGGACAAAAACACCGUCGGCCUGGGCAUAGGCUGUCUGGCCAUUGGUCUGCUGGUGCGUGUUCUCUUCACCUUCGUCUGUGUGCUGUGUGCCGGCUUCAACUUCAAAGAGAAGCUCUUUAUUGCUCUGGCCUGGCUACCCAAAGCCACCGUACAGGCGGCCAUCGGCUCCACAGCGCUGGACAUGGCCCGCACCAAGGAGGAUAAGGAGCUGGAGAAGUACGGCAUGGACGUGCUGACAGUGGCCGUGCUCUCCAUCCUGCUCACCGCCCCCAUAGGGGCCCUUGUCAUAGGACUCACAGGACCUCGCCUGCUGCAGAAACCAAAGAACCCUGCCUGGGAGCGGGAGCAAAGCGGAACUAUAACUGACACCCCAAUCACCUACGAGAGUACCCUCUGAUAACAAACCAACCUCAGUGGCGGGAACCAGGAAGUACACUUCACCAAGGAGAAAAUUACAUGGAUGGAUCAUAGGGAAAUGGGGGCACUUCAAGGGUGCAUCUAAAAUGGCAUCCUAUUCUAGUG